AUGAGACUUGUAGCUUGUUUCCUUUCCUUCUUCAUUUUGUUCGGCCCCGCAGAAUGUGGGAACAUCUUGAUCUGGCCAACCGAAGGCAGUCAUUGGAUUAAUCUCAAAAUUGUGUUGGAAAUGUUGAUGGACAGAGGACACACCGUAACGGUGCUGGUGCCGGACGCCAAAAUGUUCAUGAGCGUCAAAGAAUCGGAUCUCUUCAGCCAAAUGCACUUUAACAUGUCCAUAUCUUCUGAGGAGAUGCAUGCUUUCCUUGAGGAAAUGCUGCACUUCUCAAUCUAUGAAGUUGACAAAUUGAACGUGCUGCAGAUUGUGAUCAAAUUCUACCAGCUUGCCUCCCAACAUCUGGCUAUGGGUAUUUCAUACUGUGACGGCAUUCUGAAAUCUCCAGGGUUGUUGGACAGAUUGCGACGUGGAAAGUUUGAUGUCGUUUUGUCCGACCCCAUCUUCCCAUGCAGUGAUAUAAUGGCAGAACAGCUGAACGUUCCCUUGGUGUUCACGUUCAGAUUCUCCAUCGGUCACGCGACUGAGCGGAUGUGUGGUCAGAUACCAGCACCACCAUCAUAUGUACCUGGAGCCAUGAGUAAACUCACAGACAACAUGACUUUUACGGAGCGAAUCGCAAAUAUGAUCUUCUACCUUUCGCAAGAUGCUUUUGCCAAAAUUUUGUGGAGAACAUUUGACAACUAUUACACUGAAUAUUUAGGACGACCCACUUCCUACUGUGAGAUGUUGGGUAAAGCUGAUAUCUGGUUAAUCAGAACUUACUGGGACUUUGAGUAUCCACGACCAUUCCUGCCUAACUUCAAAUACGUUGGAGGGCUUCACUGCACCCCUGCCAAACCGCUACCCAAGGAUAUGGAGGAGUUUGUACAGAGCUCGGGGGAUGAUGGGAUAGUGGUGUUCUCGUUGGGGUCCAUGGUAAAGAAUAUGACCAAAGAGAAGAGCAACACCAUCGCGUCAGCCCUGGCACAGAUACCUCAGAAGGUCUUGUGGCGAUAUGUCGGAGAGAAGCCUGAUACCCUUGGACCAAACACUAGAAUCUAUGACUGGAUCCCUCAGAAUGAUUUAUUGGGUCAUCCCAAAACCAGAGCAUUCAUCACUCAUGGAGGCACUAAUGGCAUAUAUGAAGCCAUAUAUCACGGUGUCCCGAUGGUGGGCAUCCCCUUGUUUGGUGACCAGCCGGAUAACAUGGCCCAUAUGAUAGCCAGAGGAGCUGCUGUUGUCAUGGACUAUAACAGCAUGAAGACUCAAGACCUGUUAGACGGACUUAACGCUGUCAUUACAGACCCCUCGUAUAAAGAGAAGGCUGCACAUUUGUCCAGGGUCCAUCAUGACAGACCGGUGAAGCCUCUGGAUGAGGCGGUUUUCUGGAUUGAGUUUGUCAUGCGCAAUAAAGGUGCUAAACAUCUGCGUGUUGAGGCUCAUAAUCUUACCUGGUACCAAUACCACUGUCUGGAUGUGUUUGCUUUUCUCAUCACCAUUAUGACUGUAAUCCUCUACAUCUUCUUUAAAAUGUGUAAAUGCUUCAUAAUGCGUUGCCGUUUGAGAUCAAAGGCUAAAAGCAAAAGGGAGUGAAAUAUACUUUGAAAAAGUCUUGAAUCCUGUACUUAACAUUCUGUCUCUGCCUACACAUGGGACGCCAAUCCUGAAGUCCACUAGCUUUGGCCCUGACCUGUUUUCAACUCUUUACCUCAUGUUCCUCCUAAUAAGGCUCCUAUGAAAUCUAUGACUAUGAUCUUUCACAUAUAUUUUGUCUAAUUUGACAAUAAUUUUAGCUACGACUAAUAGUGUAGUAUUAUCACUUUUAUUUAAUAGGUUUUAGCGUUUCAAAUCCAUUCUGUAGGAAUCUGUACUUCUGUAGAAAUCGCACUGUAAAAUGAGGACAGACUAUGUAAAAUUAAAAUCAAAUUAUUAUUGAUUAGAAGGCAAAUUCAUUUUUGAUUUAAUGUGUGCCUACAUUUCAUUUAGUAAAUAAAUAUCGUCCAUGUUGUAUGUUUGUCUAAUGUGUGUUUAAAUGUCCAGCCUGAAGAACUGCAUCGUGUGUCUUAAUUCCUUCUAAGGUUUACUUGGCAUUGUUUGCUUUGAUUUGCUUAUUGGGGAUUUG